AUGACGCUGUUGGGAGGUCCGCGCAGGGGUUACGUGCCUGUUAGGAGGCGGAAUCCCAGCGGCGGUCUCCAAUCGAGUCGCCAGAUUAGCCCGAGUGACGGCACCCGCCACCGUCAACUGCGCGAUCGCGACAGGCAGGCUGAGGAGGAGGAUGGCGAGGCUGGCAUGACCGAAGCUGGAGUGACCGAGGCUGGGCAAUCCAAAACAAGCCCCGACCUGUACUAUAACGGAGGGCCUGUUAUCGCGGAUCCGGUCGUCUACCUCAUCUACUACGGCACGUGGCCUGAGAAUUCCGGAGCUGCCAUUAUCGAUAAUUUCGUGCAGUCGCUGGGAGGGAACGCGAGCAGGCAGGGAGGGCCGAGGGGUGAGAGCAGCGUGAGCGGCUGGUGGGCGAUCACCACGCAUUACUUUAUGACACGGGCUGACCGCAAGCUGGCGUACGUCACUCCUAAGGUUCGGUUUGGAGGUUCGGUAGUGGAUCAGGGCUCCAUCGGCCAUUCCUUCUCCGACACCGAGAUUGCCAGGAUUGUCGAUCGCAACGUGGGCAAGGCCAACUUUGUCGAUCGCAACGUGGGCAAGGCCAACCGGCUGCCGUCCGAUCCGAACGGGAUCUACAUCGUGGUCACGAGUGCUGACGUGGAUGUGUGGGAGUUCAGCCGCUGCAGCUAUUGCGGGUGGCAUGCACAGAUGAUGGACAUGCGCACUGGCAGCCCCAUAGUGUAUGCAUUUGUGGGGCACCACUCGCUGUGCUGCCAGUACAGCAACUCCUCCCCCAACGGACUACCAGCCAUAGACAGCAUGGUGAGCACCAUUGCCCACGAAAUCACCGAGGCUGCUGCUGACCCCUCCUGCCUGCUUAACCCUCGCAUUUCCCUGCCACCCCCCUGUCCCUCAAAUCCCACCCCAUCCCACCCUGGCCGCUCCUCCCCUACCGGGCUGCCAGCCAUAGACAGCAUGGUGAGCACCAUCGCCCAUGAGACGACAGAGGCCACCACCGACUCCUCCCCCAACGGCAUGCCAGCAAUAGACAGCAUGCUCUGCCGCCCCAAGCUCAGCCGCCCCAAGCUCUGCUGCCCCAAGCUCUGCCGCUCCAAGCUCCGCUGCUCCAAGCUCUGCUGCCCCAAGCUCUGCCGCCCCAAGCUCCGCUGCUCCAAGCUCUGCCGCCCCGAGCUCUGCCGCCCCAAGCUCUGCUGCCCCUAG